CCCCCGUAAUCUGGUUAAACCUGCUUGGUCACAAAAGCUGGUGGACUAUUAAUUGUACUUUCGAGCAGCCCGGCUGUCACGCUUUUCCUAAGUAGCUAUCUCGUAGAGUAGACAACUUUAAUAGUAACUCUUUUAGUUUUCAACCGCAAAGUCAUAGCACAGUCAUUUCUCUAAAGUGUCCUGGCAUUGGAAUGGAGUCAUCAGAUCCGGCUGAAAUUCGAGCCAUUCGCGAGAGCUAUGCGAAAGCUCUGGAGUGUCUGAACACAGGGCUUCAGUGUGAUGAUGCUGGGAAUAAGGAGCAAGCUCUUCUUCAGUACAGACUGGGCAGGCGGCAUCUUCUCAGAGGGCUAGAGGUGAACACACAGGGCGAGCGCUGCGUCGGACGCGGCUGGGACGUCGCGCGACAGACGCAGCUGAGGAUGAACGAGACUCUGAGCAUUAUCACCUCUCGUCUAGGGGUGCUAGAGUCCACUGCGACCCCGGGUCAGCGCCUUUACCCGACCCUUCCUGUCCUCCAGGACCCCCAGCCACCUAACACCAGAACACAUCUCUCAGCUUCAGGAGGGGCCCCUGCUCGUCCUGCCUCCCCUAUGGUGGGCUUCACUGUACCCAGUGAGCUUCCACCAGCCUACACUCCACAACCAACAGAUGGGCACCUGUCACUCUCUCAUGGAGGCAACAGGCCAUUUCAAGCUGCUCAGCCCCAGCGUCAGGCAUUCGCCCCAGUCAAUCUCAGAGAGGUUGGCAUGGAGGUUAUGUUCUUGCCCAGUGGGGUCCAGAUGUUCUUUGUGUCUGCUGAGGGUCAUGUCAGCGCCCCUUCUUAUCCAGGAUACCUACGAAUAAUAAACAGCAGCCAAAACUCUGACAGGAGUGCUGGCUAUGCCCCAGCCUACCUACAGGUUUGUGAUCGGAUCUACCCACUGUACCCUGACUCCCCAAUCUUACUUAGCAACAAAGGUGUGUUCACAUUUCCUGACACCACAGCAGCAGUGCCAGGGUCCUACGUCGGGGUUGUGCUGUCCUCAGAGCUGCCUGCAGCCGACCGGGAUCGGUUCCAGCAACAGCUGUCAGUGUUGGCACAGCUCAGGGUCCAGGUAGAUGAAGAGAAAGGUGGUGCUACAGGAAAAGACACAAACCUGAGUGAGAAGGUUCCUCCUUCAGAAACAUCUCUAACACAAUCACCAGGAGGGGAGGAGAAACCUGUUCCUGUGUGGAGUGAAAAAAUGUCAGAGAGCAUUCUAGCAGGGACCUCCUGGCUGGGUCGGGGGCUUGUGCGAGGAGCUGAAGUUACCGGUAAAGCAAUCCAGAGAGGAGCAACUAAGCUACGAGAAAACAUCACCCCAGAGGAGACGCCAGCAGAGGUCAGCCCCAAGGUCACCAAGGGCCUAAAUGCAGCCAAGCAGGCCACUGGGGGUGCUGUGAAAGUCAGCCAGUUUCUAGUGGAUGGUGUCGCUGCUGUAGCAGAUAGAGUUGGGAAAGAACUCGCUCCACACGUGAAAAAACACGGAAGCAAACUCAUCCCAGAAUCCCUCAAGAAAAGCAAAGACGGCUGCUCCAAAAUGGAUGGAGCCAAGCUGGUGGCUGGAAGCAGCAUACAAGGUUUAUCAACUCUCUGGUCAAGUCUGGAGACAGCAGCAAAAACUAUUGGCAAAAGUAUAACUUCAGAGACGGUGACUACUGUGAGGCAUAAGUAUGGAGACGAGGCAGGACAAGCUGCAAACACUGCAGUACAGUCUGCUGUCAAUGUAGGUGUCACAGCAUUUAAUGUGGACAAUCUGGGCAUCAAGGGUGUACUGAAGAGCGCAGGCAAGCAAACUGCAAAAGCAAUGGUGAAGGAUGAGUCAGGAAGUGACGGAACUAAGGAGAAAGAAAAGCCACCUAAGAAAGGGCAGGAUGAGAAAAAAUAAGGAAAUAUUUUUUGUUAUGAAUUACCCUUUUUUGUGUAUGUUCUUGUAGCACAUAUGAUAAUUUUGUAUUGAUAAUGAGAUUGAUAUUAUACUGUGUAAUGUUUACAGAAAGAU